AUGGCUGUGAGCCCAAACAGGUCUCCAGAGAAGAGCACUGAGGGAGAUGCUGGGAGAACAGAAUGGAAGCCCAUGGUGAGAGAUGCUUUCAAAGACAUUUCCAUAUACUUCACCAAGGAAGAAUGGGCAGAGAUGGGAGAAUGGGAAAAAGUCCGAUAUAGGAAUGUGAAAAGGAACUACAAAGCACUGAUUGCUAUAGGUUUCAGAGCCACUCAACCAGCUUUCAUGCAUCACCGCAGGCAGGUCAUCAAACCCCAGGUAGAUGACACUGAAGAUUCUGCGGAAGAAUGGACACCAAGGCAACAAGGUAAACCUUCUGGGAUGGCCUUCAGAGGGGAGCCCAGUAAACACCAGAAGAGAUUGUCCAGGGGACCGUUAAAUAAGGUACCUAGUUUGAAGAAAUUGCCAGGAGCAGCAAAAUUGCUGAAGAAAACUGGCUCCAAACAGGCUCAGAAACCAGUGCCCCCUCCCAGAGAAGCAAGGACCCCUGGACAGCACCCCAGACACAAAGUCGAACUCAGAAGAAAGGAGACUGAAGUGAAGAGGUACAGUCUACGAGAAAGAAAGGGCCAUGUGUACCAAGAGGUCAGCGAGCUCCAGGAUGACGACUACCUGUAUUGUGAGGAAUGUCAGAACUUCUUCAUCAACAGCUGUGCUGCCCAUGGGCCCCCAACCUUUGUAAAGGACUCUGCAGUGGAAAAGGGGCAUGCCAACCGCUCAGCCCUCACUCUGCCCCCUGGGUUAAGUAUCAGACCAUCGGGCAUUCCUGAGGCUGGGCUUGGAGUGUGGAACGAGGCAUCCGAUCUGCCGCUGGGCCUGCAUUUUGGCCCCUAUGAGGGUCAGAUCAUAUACAAUGAAGAGGCCUCCCACAGUGGAUACUCCUGGCUGGUCACCAAAGGGAGAAACAGCUACGAGUAUGUGGAUGGAAAGGACACGUCUUUGGCCAACUGGAUGAGGUAUGUGAACUGUGCCCGGGAUGAUGAGGAGCAGAACCUGGUGGCCUUGCAGUAUCAUGGGCAGAUCUUCUACCGAACCUGCCAGGUGGUCAGGCCGGGCUGUGAGCUGCUGGUCUGGUACGGGGACGAGUAUGGCGAGGAACUUGGCAUCAAGCAGGACAGCAGGGGGAAGAGCAAGCUCUCGGCCCAGAGAGCUGUGGACCCGGCUAUGCUACAAUGGAUCCAAAAAUACCCUCUGGCCUGGGCCGAGAUGGCAGGAGUAGGACUGGCAAAACAAAGACCUCCCAUCAUUGUUGAACUAAAAGCAAAUGCUACCCCUGUGAAGAUAAAGCAGUACCCCAUGAGUCAGGAGGCCCAGCAAAGAAUCACACCACACAUACAGCACCUCCUGAAGGGAUUUAAAAACUCGCCGACAUUGUUCAGCGAGGCUCUAAGCGAGGACCUCUGUGAGUACCGGACUAGCCACCUGGACGUUGUCCUAUUGCAAUAUGUGGAUUACCUCAUGCUGGCCGCUACUACCAAGGAGCUGCUGAUGGAAGACAUCAUUGAGGAGGUGGAAGUGGUGGUGAAAGAGGAGCAGGAGAAGCUGUCCUCGCAGGACUGGGAGGAGAAGCUGGAGGAGCAGGGCCAGGAACAUCCAAGGACAGGAGCCUAG